AUGGCUCCUUUUGCAAUAGAAACAACUCCAAACACAGAAGUAGAAGACCCGUUUCCGAAACUUGUUGCCCCGCAAGCUGCUCCGAGAAAAUACGAAAUAUUAUACUUUAACGUGCUUAUGUUUUCCUACCUCCAUAUAGCAUCACUGUAUGGGAGUUACCUAUACUUUACCAUCGCUACAUGGAAGUCAUUGAUUUUUUACAACCUAUUGCAAGUACUGGCAUGUAUGGGCGUGACCGCUGGCGCGCAUCGGUUGUGGAGCCACCGCUCAUACAAGGCGAAAAUGCCCUUACAAAUCAUACUCAUGCUGUUGAACUCACUAACUUUCUUGAACACGGUACCACAUUUCGUUCGAGACCAUCGACUGCAUCACAGGUACAGCGAUACUGACGCCGAUCCUCACAACGCAACACGUGGCUUCUUCUACUCGCACAUUGGAUGGCUUAUGGUCAAGAAGCACCCAGAGGUUUUGCGAAGAGGAAAACUGAUUGACAUGUCGGACAUAUACGCCAAUCGUGUUCUGAGGUUCCAGAAGAAGUAUGCCAUCCCAUUAAUAGGGACCCUCUGCUUCGUGCUACCAACGAUCAUCACCAUGCAUUUCUUUGAAGAAUCCCUCAACACGGCGUGGCAUCUCACGAUACUCUGUUACACUUUCCGUCUCAAUGUGGUGUUUUCCGUCAACAGCGUUGCUCAUUUAUGGGGCAACAAACCUUACGAUAAGAAGAUCAAACCAGUUCAGAACUACGUGGUAUCUUAUUUUGCGGGUGGAGAAGGCUACCACAACUACCAUCACUCAUUUCCAUGGGACUACCGGGCGGCUGAGUUGGGCAAUAAUUGGCUGAACCUUACCACUAAAUUCAUAGAUUUCUUCGCGUGGAUCGGUUGGGCGUACGACCUUAAAGCUGUUCCAGAAGAUAUUGCACACUUGAAGGCCAUCAGAACUGGUGAUGGCUGCAACUUGUGGGGAUUCAAACGUGAUAAUAAUUAUUGUAAGAUUGAAUAAAUUGUGUAUUGUGAGGUUUUUUUAAUUUGCUGGCUAAGAUUAUGAACUCGGCACGGUGCUAACAAUAUCAGGAACGAGGACGCGCCGAGGAUGGAACUGUGUCGUCCUCAAGCCAGGCUU